AUGGGUCGGAAAUUCACCGCCUCGUUGCUUGCUCAGUUCCUUGCGAUUCGGAGGCUGAGCCUAGCACCCUCGCUCAAAGAUUCAUCAACAUGUGCCGAGUACGAGUCAUCUCCCGGUGUCCUCAGAGGAUUCUGCAGCCGCUGCGGCUCGUCCUUGAGUUACCGAAGCCUCAAGUAUCCAGAAGUAGUCGACGUCUUCAUCGGCUCCUUGGAUGAGAAGUGGCUUUCUAAUCAUACGGCUGUGGCGAAAAUACUUGCGACUCCUAGUGGAUACCAUGCUUGGCUUCGCAAUCUCAUACCGGGAAUAACAGAUCUUCUCAAGGGCUGUCCUGGAUACGUGGAGGGAGCUUCCUCCGAGUUGAAAGCCAUCACAAGUACCACUCCUUUGUAG